CUGGUGUGUAAUAACUGCCGGAAGCAGCAGGAGAUCCUGACCAAGCCAGGCGAGUGGUUCACAGGUCCGGAUGGGAACCCUGCUGGCCUCGGGGCAGCCGUCAUGCGAGCCGUCUGUGUGCCAAAAGCUUCGGUCUCGCUCCCAAGCGCCCUCCACAAUCCAAGACCCCAAAGGACCCCACGCCCCUGGGACCGAACCUGGCAUCGACCCCCCGAUCCCGCAGCGAACCACCACGCGAGACACGUAAGCUGAAGCAAGACUGAGACGGAAACCUUAUAUCAUCAAUCAAUACAGCUUUAUUUGUCCCUUAAACACUGUAACAAAAUAGUCAUUCCAGAUAUCAAUUUAAUUAGAGACAAAAAACGCCAGAAUAACCUUAUAUGAAUUUUGGCAUCCUCAGUGCUAUUUAUAGGUCUAGCCCCAGAACACAAUGGACCCUACAAAUUCCAUAAUGCAACUGAAUAGCGUCAUUCUGAAUUCCCUCCCUGCCUAGUCUGCCUUGCAUCUUUCAAAACCUAGCUCAGAAAGAAGCAGUCUCCAAACCACAGUGACAUCAAUAUGACAUCAAUGAGGUUUGACUUUCUCACAAAUACAUGAUUAUACAAGGCAGAAUAGGACCAACCAUGACAAAGUGACUGUGAUAUGUGAAAUUGGUGGAGUGCCCCUUUAAAUUGCAGCCUCUCAGCCAUCAGAAAGAACUGUAGCCUUGAUGAAUAUGUAAACAUUUGCAUUUCAAGCAUUAUCUCCUGCAUUCUUCAUCUGCUUCUUUUAUGCAGUAGUGCAUUCUAUGUCUUAAGCAAGCAGUCUCUGAGUGUAAUGGAAGAAUGCAGCCGGUUCCAAAACACUGGAUGGGGAUGUGUUGUCACUCGUGACUCUCUAUCAGUGGAAAUAUACAAUCACAACAUUGGUGUUUGCAAAGUAUGAGUAAAUAUGUUUUAGAUGAAAGUAGAAGCUAAAGGCAGUAACAGGGGCCUCUCACAUAAUGUCCUUAAGUAGAUCUCAUGUAUUUUGCUGAUACUAAAUGCAUAAUAAUGAUGAUUCGCAUCAUUCUCAUGGCUAUCGACAUGAUUCACACUGCAGUAACUUGUUAUAUAGGAGGAACCAGAGUCUCAUGUCUCUCGUCCCAAGUCAAGACAUGCUAUUCCCAAGUCCAGACCCUAUGGUCCAGACCCAGGCAUUAAACGCAGAUUUUUUGAGUUCUUUAAGUCAAAUUUGACGUGAGUUUUUUCAACUGAAGAAUGCUCUUGUAGAUAACAUUAGUUCAUGGUUCCCUCCUGCAACUUGACUGGAUGGAUCAAACAAAAUGGAUCUUGGGAAUUAAAUGUCAACUUGUCAAUAUCAAUGUUAGUUUAUUUAGGUAAUGAAGGGAGAUUUGUUGAUUUUAGGCUCUGGCCUCAAGUAUUUUACAGUCAAAAGCCUCAAGUCCAAGUGAUUCACAAGUUAAGUCCAAGUUAUGUUGCAAGUAGUGGUGGAAGAAGUAUUCAGAUCCUUUACAUAAGUAAAAGUACUAAUACUGGAUUGUUCAAAUAUUCCAUUACAAUUAAAAGUCCUGCACUGAGAAUUGUACUUAAGUAAACGUUUUUAAGUAUGAAUAGGGACAUGUAGUUCAAGUAUUGGGAAUAAAAGUACUCCAGAAAACAUUUUGCAGAAAAAAACCCCCCAAAAUAUUAAACAUGUAAUAAAAUAUUGAAAGACAAAAUCAGCAAAUAUUAACAUUGGAGAAGCUGAAACUAUGAAAUGUUUUGUAAGAAAAAAAAAUAAACAGUUUACCAAAAUCACCUUUUGUUUUAGGUACUUAAAUAUAACGUAUAGUUUAAUCUGCAUCAAAACAUCGUAUUUUUAAAAGUUCUUCAUGUUUGCUGUAGUUUAAAAAUCCCUAAAGUCACUAAAUCUGAAUAAAAAAUGUAGAAGUACAGUACAAGGUAGAAUAUUUCCCUUUUAAUUGAAGUCGAGUAGAAUUAUUAAGUUUCAGAGAAAGAAAGUACUCAAGCAAAGUACCACACAUUUGUACUUGAGUACGGUACUUGAGUAAAUGUACUAAGUAACUUUUCACCAGCGGUUGCAAAUCGUUUUUGAGUUGAUGUUAAAGUGCCCCCCCUCGCAGUCAUCAAAUUUGUGACUUGAGUUUGAGCCCAUCAUGUGGCUGGAGUCCACAGCUCUGUUGGUAACAAGGGCCAUCAAAAACACUAACCUUCUUUGUAAGCUAAUCUUACAUCUACUAUCCAAGCAUGUAAAUAAAGUAUUCAAUGAUGUCCCUGAAAAGAUACUGUUCUGUCUACAGUUCCCAUUUAUUAUUUUCUCUUCCUCUCCAUUAUAUAUCGAUUGAUCUCCAGGAGAAAUGGCCGGGGCGGAGCUGGUCGGGGGGAGCGGCGGGCGGUCCAGCCCAGGCUGCAGACCCAGGUCUCCAUGGACCGGGACCUCCGGGGGGAGUCCAGAGAGCGCGAGGAGCCGGCGGCUGACCAAGGGACGCUCUCUAGAGCACGAUCCUGUGGGAGAAGGUUUAAGACGGACAGAAGAGGGGGGCUACCACCACAUGGAUCACAGCGGGCCCCCCCUCGCAAAGCAGGGCCGGUCCCUCCUGGAGGCCGGGGUCACCCUGUGCCCAUGCAGGGCCGUGGCAUGGGUGUAGCAGGGGGGGAGGUUGGGGACGGUGUACGGCCCGGUAAGAGGACGGCGGGUGGGGUUGGAGGGCCACAUGAACACACCCUUGCUCAGCAGCCCCCUCCCCCUGAACUCAGAGAGCCUCCUGGUUUGGGCCCUGGCUCGACCCCCGGCCAGGGGCCUGUAGGGAGACGGACCAAACGGGAGAAGGCUGAGAGCAUGCUGCGCAAUGAUUCGCUGAGCUCUGACCAAUCGGAAUCACUGCGUCCGCCCCCUCCAAGACCCUACAAGUCGAAACGAGGGCUUGGGGCGGGGAAGAGGCAGACCAGCGUCAGCAGCUCAGAGGAGGAGGGGGCCACGCCGGAGUACAGCAGCUGUGAGGAUGCAGAGAUUGAAAGUGUCAGCGAGAGAGGCGACUGGGAGUGCUACCCACAUGACCCCACUGUAUGGCAUCAUCCUGUAACCUGGCAGCCAUCCAAGGAGGGGGACCAUCUGAUUGGACGAAUCACCCUCAGCAAGAGGAGCGCCACCAUGCCUAAAGAAGCCGGAGCUCUGCUGGGGUUAAAGGUGGUGGGAGGCAGAAUAACAGAGUCAGGGAGAUUAGGUGCCUUCAUCACUAAAGUCAAGAAGGGAAGCCUGGCUGAUGUGGUGGGACAUCUCAGAGCAGGGGAUGAAGUUCUGCAGUGGAAUGGGAAGCUGUUACCGGGGGCGACCAUGAAGGAAGUUUACAACAUCAUCCUGGAGUCUCAAGCGGAGCCUCAAGUUGAGCUAGUGGUAUCCAGGCCUAUUGGAAGUUUUUCUGCUUCCUUUCCAGUGAUUAUCCCAAGAAUCCCCGACACCUCCCACCCUCCAUUAGAAUCUAGUUCCAGUUCUUUUGAGUCCCAGAAGAUGGACAGACCAUCUUUACAUGUCCUGUCUCCCUCCAGCCCUGGGAUGCUCCAAGACGCUCCACAGUUAUUGCCAGGGCAGCUCUCAGUGAAACUUUGGUACGACAAAGCGGGUCAUCAGCUAAUAGUCAACGUGAUGCAGGCUGCAGAGCUUCCUCUUCGGUCUGACGGGCGGCCCAGGAGCGCCUACGUCAAAAUGUACUUUCUUCCUGAUCGCAGUGACAAGAGCAAACGAAGGACAAAAACUAUGAAGAGGACCUGUGAGCCCAAGUGGAACCAGACGUUUGUCUACUCUCAUGUCCAUCGCAGGGACUUCAGGAACCACAUGCUCGAGCUGACGAUAUGGGACCAACCCAGGUCACCGGACGAGGACAGCACCUUUAUGGGAGAGGUCCUGAUAGAGCUAGAGACGGCCUUACUGGACGACAAGCCUCACUGGUAUCCACUCCAAACCCACGAUGUCUCAUCCAUUCCACUGCCCCAACCCUCCCCGUACCUGCCCCGACGACACACAGACGUCCCUGGAAAGAAGCUGCAGCGUUCUCAGCGUGUAACAGAGCCUGAAUUUGAUGAAGGUACAGCAGUAAUGUCUAAAGCUGAGGGGCGUGGCAGAGAGAGGCAGCGGGAGUCAGCGUCUACCCUGGAGGUGCCGGACCAGCAGAGGAUGCCCCCCCAUCACAUACGCUCCCGCUCGGUGUCCCCGCACCGUGAGGAGCAGGGGCGCAUCCGAUCACGGCCCCCCAACGUUCCCGCCCAGAGGAGUCUGGAUGAUGAGCUUCCUCACACUCGUCGUUCUCGUUCUCCGACCCGUCACUACGACUCUGCCAGAGGUCGCCACCAGCAGGAGGAGUACCUGGAUGACAGUGAGGUCAUCAUGAUCCACCAGUCAAUGCGAGGCAAAAGUGCUGAGUGCCUCCACACCAGAAGAUCUACUAGGCACAAUAACACACUGCCACCUAGGAUGCCCCUUAUGUUCAACGGUAUCCACAAACGCACCAACAGUUCCACGCUGUCUGCAUGUCGAAAGAUAAGCUCUGUUGUGGGAUCGCACAUGGUCAUGGCAACACGCAGCUCCAUUACUCAGCGCGUUGUAAUGUUCACAGAUGAGGUGACCAUUAGUGAUCUGCAGCCUUCUCUGGACAGGGUUAGGAGCGCUAGCGCCAACUGUCUGACUCCAGACAAUCAUGCCCCCUCACCAGAGACUGAAAGAAAAUCGUUUUCCCAUUCCCUGCCCCGGAGACGUCCAGCGAGUCCCAGGAUUCUUAUCCAACAUGCUUCCCCUGAAGAUGACAGGCAGCCUCGGACCCUGGAGACACCCGAGUAUAACACUCUUGGCAGGAAUCUCCCUAUCAGUGGCAGGGGGCAUCUCCAAGGUGGUGCGUCUCUCUCCUCCUCAGUGACGUCCUCCUCAGCCCGCAGAGUACGGCAGCUCCCACAGCUCCCCCCUAAGAGCAGCAGCGUAGAACAAGCCCUGGUAGCAGAGGAGUGUGUUCGACAGCUCCAGAUGAGGGUUCAUUCCAACCGGGUGUCAGCUGCCACCACCUCCAGCCAACAGGACCUGGACCGAUCCCUCAAGAACAAACGGGAGCUCUACAAGGACCAGAGGAGGAGCAGUGAGAACGUUUCCCAUAGGUCCUCAGACAGUGAUGUCAGCGACGUGUCAGCCAUCUCUCGAACCAGCAGUGCCUCUCGCAUCAGUAGCACCAGCUACAUGUCCAUCCAGUCAGAGAGACCGCGGGGACGCUUCAGGGCCAUGCGGGCAACGGGCCGCCACAUGAUGAAGAGCACCAGCGUGAGCGGAGAGAUCUACGGCAUGGACCAUGCCGACGGCAGCCAAUCAGACACGGCGCUCGGGAGCCUUGGGAGCGGACUCAAGAAGCGGCGCUCGAGCCUCAGCCAACGUGUUGUCGCCAUCCUGCCAUCGAGACGCAGCCGCAGCACCUCGCAGCUCAGCCAGACAGCUCCAGCAGGUAAAAAGGUGGGUAAGGGCGCCAGCAGCAGCAUCCAGAGGAGCGUGGAGACAGGCAUGGCGGUGGAGUACCCGCGGGGGGGGUCCACCAUGAACCGGCAGGCCAGCAGAGAGUCCACUGACGGCAGCAUGAACAGCUACAGCUCCGAGGGGAAUCUGAUAUUCUCAGGUAUGCGGUUGGGGGCCGACAGUCAGUUCAGUGACUUCCUGGACGGGUUAGGCCCCGGUCAGCUGGUGGGCCGACAAACACUGGCCACGCCUGCCAUGGGUGAUGUUCAGAUCGGUCUGAUGGAUAAGAAAGGCCAGCUGGAGGUCGAGGUGAUCAGGGCACGAGGCCUUACCUCCAAAGCAGGCUCCAAAUCCCUCCCAGCUCCCUAUGUCAAGGUUUACCUGCUGGAUAAUGGAACUUGUAAAGCCAAAAAGAAAACUAAGAUUGCACGAAAGACCCUGGAGCCGCUCUACCAGCAGCACUUGCUCUUUGAGGAGAGUCCCCAGGGCAGGGUGCUUCAGGUGAUAGUUUGGGGAGACUAUGGACGAAUGGACCACAAAUGUUUUAUGGGUGUAGCACAGAUCCUAUUGGAGGAGCUGGACCUCUCCAGCACGGUGAUCAGCUGGUACAAACUGUUUCCGCCGUCCUCAUUGGUGGACCCUACAUUAGCUUCGCUCAACCGGCUGGCAUCUCAGACGUCAUUGGACAUCUCAGGACCGCCACCGGGCGUUCGGUCCUAGUGACCGAGUGGUGAACCCCCCACCCCCCCAAAUAUCCCUUCAAUGACAAAAAUAAUGGACCAGAGCUAACUGGACCAGAACUGAGCAGAGGGGCGAGGACACGCCCCCACGAGCCCCUCGGUCCUCCAAUGAGAGGCCAGACGGAGCAACAGGGAAUGAGAGCGAGAACGAGCGAGAGGGAGAGACAGAACUAGCCAAUCAAAGCUUAGCUGGAGUCUGACAAUCACGUCUCACACCUUCCCUCUUCCUCCUCCUCCUCCGUUUUUGUUUUCAAAGCUUUCUUCGUUUUCCUCCUCUGAGCUGCAGCAGUGGAAGUUUUUGUUCAACGUUCACUUUCUUUUUCCUCCUUACUUUCUCGUGCAGAGCAGACAAAUCGUCCACCUAUUAGCCCCAUAGCCAAUCAGAGUAGAGAUUGCAGCUAGGCCCCAGGAAUGAGGGGUGUAAACAAUGUUUCGGUGUUAAUGAGUAGCAAAUGUUGGCGGUUUCAUUCGGCUGUCUCCGCCGGUGUUCUCGUGGUAACGGUCGUAAAUGAGCAUGGUUCGGUAACCUGUUUAGAUGAAGGGAGCCUGCACAUAUAUAAAAGAUAUGAAAGAGAUAAAUGAAAGCAAGCACAAGACAAGCUUGACUUCUUUAUUCGGACAGAAUAAAACGGUUUCACUCUUCGUCUAAACGGUAAAUUAAAUAGAGGCCAAAUUUGUAUUUUUUAUUUUUCAGUCUUUGUUUCAGAAUGGUACCAUGAGGUGCAGACUCCCUUUGUGUGUGUGUGUGUGUGUGUGUGUGUGUUGUGUGUGUGUGUGUGUGUGUGUGUGUGUGUGUGUGUGUGUGUGUGUGUGUGUGUGUGUGUUUGGUUUUGCGAGCGAUGGUGCGACAGUAAACGUCAGGUCACAUUCGCACCCUUUUGCCCGUCCCUGAACUCCGACCCCCACCCCCGGGCCUCCUCCCCUCCCUCACCUCUCAAACCCCCCCCCCCCCCCCCCCCCGUAGGAGGGAGCAGCAUGACCCGGCCCCAAGCUGCAUGCAUGUUUAUUUUACGUUCCCCGUUUGUUUCGUUCUAUUCGUUUAGUUUCUCUACUUUUUUGUAAAAUAGAAGACGAGACAAAUCAACGAGACGAUGCUCCAAAAAACAAAAACAGAAAAAAAGAAGACUAGACUAUGUGUAUUAGUUCCACAUAAUUUUAGGCCAGCUUGUAUGUUGCAUGUUCUUGUACAGUUUGCUCGUACUGAAUAUGAAUACAAACCGAGAAAAAGCCAAGCCAUCCCCGCCCCUUUAACAGGAGGGGACCAAUAGUAGGGGGGGGAUCAAACUCCGCCCAGGCCACGCCUCCCACUCUGGGUCUUCAGAUAUCCUUGUGAGGAAGUGUUCGACAAAAAAAAAAAUCUCUUAGUUCCGGUUUUUCUUUGGACCCUUUUGAACAACAGUGCUGUUCUGUAGUACUGAGCAUACUGGACCCCCCCGGCGUAUCUGAGGGUGUUGGUGUUCAAACUGUAGUUUAACACCGUCGGGGCUAGAGACACAGAUAGAGAAUGUGUGUAUAACAGCUAAAUGUAUAUGAAGUAUAAUUAUGACAGAAAUGAUAAAGAUAUAGAUAUAUGAAUACAAAAAGAGUGUACACCCAUCACAUGCACACCUUGUACAUAACAAACCAGGAUGAGCGGCUUUACCUUGAGUUCCGAAUAAAACACACGGCUGACACACAAACAUUCCUGGUCUGUUGGAAGGGAAUUUGCGUCCUGUGGAUGUGCUCGAGCUGCUGAGCGGCACUGAGCCACAAAGAGGCGCUAAUAGGCCUUUAUUUUUGUCCCAGUUGCAGAAAAAAAAGCAGAGCCAAUUGGAACAAUUUCUUCUCCUCAAAGUCCCCUUCCCCCCACCCCCCUGUGUAUCAUUCUUGGUUUGGACUGGACUUCUAAAGCCAAUGAGAAUUUGAUUUUGCAGACAUGCGGAUGUUUCUGUUGAAACCCUCGGCGGUGUGGCCGACUGCCCUUUCCUUUGUCAGUAUUACUCCAGGAAUACUGAUUGUUUACAGCCCAUGGCUCCCCCCCCCCCCCUCCCCAAAACCACGAUUUUAGACGAAAGACUAAGUAUUCACUGCAACAGUUCUUGUUUGUAUAACAGAUGUGGCUCUACUGAUGUGUAUGUUUUAUAUUCAAGAGUUCAUUUUUAUUAUUUACAAAUAAAAGACUGUGGAAGAAGA